CUACUACUACGUACUAGAGCUUGUGCGCCUCUCGACUCCCAUAUCAAGACCUCGACGCAUGUGCUCUUCGCAAAUUCCUAGAAAGUUCUCCUCGUCGUUGCUAGUCGUUCUAGCCGAUCUUUCGAGGCCAUGGCGCGCGGUGAUUGGCUGUGACGGACAACCGCGCGCGCUUUGAUUGGCUUAGGUGUCCCGAAUUUAAGCGAGCCAUUGGUUGGUGCGCGUGUCAUAGAUUCGGCAUGUGCCGAAUACAGCCUCCGGCCCCUGCAAGGUCGCAGCUUUGAUUCUCCACCGCAGCAACCAGAAGCACCAUGGACAGCCAAGCAGCCAGCACCAAACCGAAGCGCAACCGCAACCACUGGAAGCGAAAGAACAAGGCCGCGACCGACGACGCUACGCCCGUAGCCUCGCCCGCGCCGACCAUGCCCAAGAAGCUCAAGGCCACGCCGGCGCCUGAGGUUGUGGCCCUGCCGACUGCCCAGGCCGUGGGCCCGCCGCCGGCGCCUGCCCGCGAAAGCACCGCCACGUCCAUCGUUCAUUUGAGCGACGUCUCGUUCAAGUCGCUGAGCAUCUCGAAGGAGUCGGCGCAAGCGCUCUCGGACGUGAUGAAGUACGACAAGAUGACCAAGGUCCAGAACGAGACGCUGCCGAUCGUGAUGCAGGGCAAGGAUGUGCUUGCCAAGUCCAAGACGGGUACGGGUAAGACCAUGGCUUUUCUUUUGCCGACGAUCGAGACGCUCGCCAAGACGACGCGCCACAGCAACGAGAUCUUGGCGCUCAUCCUCUCGCCGACGCGUGAACUGGCCUCGCAGAUCGACGUCGAGGCCAAGAAACUCACGACGUUCCACAAGAACAUUCCCGUGGCGUGCAUGGUCGGUGGCACGAGCAUGUCCAAGGACCUUCGCAAGUUGCAGCAACCCCAAGGCUUUGCCAUCCUCGUGGCCACGCCCGGCCGCCUCCAUGACCACAUCAAGAAUGACACGGGUGGCAUGCAAGGCCGCUUGCGCCACGUGCAAGUGCUCGUCCUCGACGAAGCCGACCGCCUCCUCGACAUGGGGUUCCGCGACGAAAUCGAGCGCAUCUUGUCGUACUUGCCGACGGCGCGCCAGACGCUCCUCUUCUCGGCGACGCUGCCGUCGUCGCUCGAGGACAUGAAGCGCCUUGCGCUCAAGAAGAACUACGAGUACGUCGACACGGUCGGCGAGGAAGAUCAGACGAACGCGCAGGUCAACCAGUCGGUCAUCGUGUGCAAGCUCGAGGAGCACAUCGUCGCGCUCGAAGCGCUUCUCCUCGAGCACAUUGCGGCGUCGCCGGACGGGUACAAGAUCAUGGCCUUCUUCCCGACCGCCCGCGCCGCCGGCUACAUGGCGGCCGUCUUUGAGAAGGCUGGGUACCCGAUCAUCGAGAUGCACUCGCGCAAGUCGCAAAGCCACCGCACCAAGGUGGCCGAGACCUUCCGGCAGCGCGACAACCUCAUCAUGUUCUCGUCCGAUGUCUCGGCGCGUGGUGUCGACUACCCGGGCGUCAGCUUCAUCGUGCAAGUGGGCUUGACGGACCGCGAGCAGUACAUCCAUCGCCUCGGCCGCACGGGUCGUGCUGGCCGCGACGGUGAAGGCGUCUUGCUUCUCUCGGAGUUUGAGAAGCGGUUCCUCAAGGACGUGUCCGACAUGCCGAUGACGACGCGGCCCGUGCCGUCGACGAGCGCGAGCCGCGUCGCGCCGGUCGUGCAGCGCUGCGCGGCGGACAAGGCGCUUCAGCAGGCGGCCGAACAGGCGUACCAGGCGUGGCUCGGCUACUACAACUCCAACUUGAAGCGUCUCGGCCUGACCAAGGAACGCCUCGUGAGCAUGGCGGCCGAGUACAGCGUCGUCGUCGGUCUCGCCGAAGUGCCCGCGCUCCAGAAGAAGACGAUUGGCAAGAUGGGGCUCCAGAACAUGGGCCUGCGCGUUGCCGACUACGCGCCGCCCGCCCAGAACCGCGGCCAGAACCAGAACCGUGGUCCGAACCAGGGCCCGCGCCAGGGCCAGGGCAACAAGGCGGCGCCGCAAAAGCCGCAGGGCCACCUCAACCAGCCGCCGUCGCACAAACGGCGCAACUAAGCGUGAGGGACUCACUCUCAUCAACCCUAAUCCCUAAUCCUUUUCGCAUUUAAACAUAUAAACUAUCUUUGACCUAAUGCAUAUCGA